AUGUUCAAGAAACUUCUCUGCUUCAUCUCUUUCGCCGCCGUAGCGAUCUCUGCAAGCUCUCCGGAUGGAGUGUGUCCCCCGGUCGGUGAUAUGAAUUCGACCUACCCUUCCCAGCUCUGGCCAUUACAAACAGUCUCCCUCUCGGAAGUUCCGAGUGGCACUGAUACCCUUCAAAACGGUACCAAUGCUAUUGUUAGUGGAGGCACAUCACAGAUCCAAAGCUCCAGUGGACAAUCAACUCACCGCAGGGUGAUGGCCGCUAUACUCAAUGUUGACCACCAUGGUGGUUUGAAGGCCGACGGCACCAAGAUCCAAGCUUAUGAAAGGAUGGCUGGAAAUUUUAACCAGAUUUGGCCUUUUGAGCAAGCUAAUGCAUAG